GCCUGGAAGAAGCAGAAGCUUGACGCUGCCAAAGGGCCAGUGGAGAAGCCCUUGGAACGACAGGCCAACGAGGCGCUCCAGCAGGUGCGCAUCUUCGAGAAGCGUCCCAACCGAGAGCUCAACAACCUGGAGAAGGCCAAGAAGUGGCCCGCCGACUACGCCACGGCGGCGGCUGAUGCCCAGGCCGAGCUCGACGCACAAGACAAUAUUCGCGACGUGCUGGACGGCAAGCCUGACGCCAUCCUGCUCACCGACGGCGACGGGCUUCUCGCCCUGGGCGACACGGACUACGAACUGUCGGCCUCUGACCGCGAGGAGUCCCGGAAGCGUCGUGCUGAGCUCCAGUCGGGACUUCCCACUCUCGCCAAGGAGCUGUUCUCCAGCAUGGCGGCCUCGAUCGACAUGGUUCGAGCCGACCACGCGGAGCGCCGCAAGAGGCCCGCCGCCAAGAAGCGCAAGGAACCUGCGCGCGCGAUCCAGCCGACGGCGCAGAUGGGCCAGGCCUGGAAAAGGAUGGCGACGGCGCUGCUGAUGGUGGACAGGGAGCCCCUGACUCCGCUCCUGAGGCAGAGGCCCCCGUCGCUCACGUUCGUGAGCGGGCUCGUGCCGCACUCUU